AACGUGUCAUCGCGAUCUUGCGGCGACGAGCGCAAUCCGAGAGCCGCAGUAAACAAAGCAACAUGUUUCUUGCGUAUUUGUAAAUAAUUGUGUAGUGUUAAUGCAAUUACCUGUGCGUCGCGUUGCAAGGCAUUGUCCUCCUUAUGUGCAGAUAACAUCAAAAACCAAUCCUGCAAUAAUCUUUCCAAAAUCUUCCUCAAGACUGUUUAAUUUAGAUUAUAGUUUCGCUUAGCUUAAAGAAAGUCGUUAACAGAAUAGAAAGGGAUGCCAACUAAGUGAGAGAGAAUCAAAAGACGGAAUAGCUAUUUAUUUAAUUAUUAAUUAUUGUAACCUGUUAUAUUAUUUUUGUAGUUAUCCUCUGUACCUAUAGUUUUUAGAAUGAAAUCAAUUCUUGAGAUUCUAUUUAUUCAGUUUUAACAAUGAUCACAAUGAAUAUUUACGAAUUUAACAUUGAAUUGUUUAUUUGACGAAGUAGCUUGUGGGCAUUUAGAGGUCAUAAUGGAAAAUAUGGCAUCAAACAUGUCAUUGAGGAACAGUAAGCAGAGGAAGGAGAACUUGAUCACAAGGAAGCAGGACAAGAGUCCUGAGAAAACGAUUCGUGGGACGAGAGGUGCUUACCGAGGGUUACCAUCAACCUCGAAGCGAGGUGAGGACGAGGAGACGGGCUCCACGGAAAGACUGGACAGACCAAAGAAAUUCAUUUCUCAGAAGAGCAACUAUGGAUUGGGGAAGAGGCCCGACUUCUCGCUGAAGAACAGAAAUGUACACCUCGCGUCCUCACGGUAUGGCCAGAUGACAUCGGGCCUCCACAGUCACAGUCAUCAGAUCUCGCAACCACACCACCUGGACACAAGCGUGCUCCCCCCCGCCAAGGAGAAGACUGUGCAUGGCAAGGAGAAAACUUUCAAGGUGGUGGUCGGGGGGGAGGUAGGGGUGAUGAAGGCGCCGGUGCUCGGCCCCCGGCCCUACAAUGCGCUGGCCAUCAUCCACACGCAGCAGAGCAACACAUUCGAGAUGCUCAACUCUCUCACUACCAGCGUUGCUAGCCAGCCAGUAGUGGGCGUGGGCGUGGGCGUGGGCGUGGGGCUGGACGGCUACAGACGCCGCAGCUCCGGUGCUGGGGCGCUCUGCGACCCGGAGCUCGACGACAGCGGCAACAAACUGGUGGCUAGACUCGAGGACGACGCCUUCAUCUCCGAGCAGGACCUGGAAGAGAAUAUAGAAAUCGCGACUGCAACAGAGAAGGGCCUGCAACCGGACGCUAACGACACCGGCGAGGAGCAGCCGCAGGAACAGCAGAACGGUCUGGUGUACAGUCCAAUGUACAAGUUGGACAACCUGGAGAUGCAGAAGGACAAGGAGAAAGAAGAUAAGGAAGACGAGGAGGAGCCUAUAGGCGUCUCACCUUGUGGAAGAUUCUUCAAGUACGACAAGGAGGUGGGCCGCGGGUCCUUCAAGACUGUGUUCCACGGCCUCGACACGCAGACCGGCGUCGCCGUGGCCUGGUGCGAGUUGCUGGAGAAAAAGUUGAACAAAACGGAGCGCCUCCGCUUCCGCGAGGAGGCCGACAUGCUGAAGAAGCUGCAGCACCCCAACAUCGUGCGCUUCUACAACUACUGGGAGGGCACCGUCGCCAAGAAGAAGAACAUCGUGCUCAUCACCGAGCUCAUGCUGUCCGGGACUCUCAAGGCCUACCUGCGGCGCUUCAAGCGGAUAAACCCCAAGGUGCUGAAAUCGUGGUGCAGGCAGAUCCUGAAGGGGCUCAACUUCCUGCACUCCAGGACUCCGCCCAUCAUACACAGGGACCUGAAGUGCGACAACAUCUUCAUCACGGGCACCACGGGCAGCGUCAAGAUCGGGGACCUGGGGCUCGCCACUCUCAAGAACAGGAGCUUCGCCAAGUCUGUUAUCGGCACACCGGAGUUCAUGGCGCCGGAGAUGUACGAGGAGCACUACGACGAGUCGGUGGACGUGUACGCGUUCGGCAUGUGCAUGCUGGAGAUGGCCACCGGCGAGUACCCCUACAGCGAGUGCAGCGGGCCCGCGCAGAUCUACAAGAAGGUGGUCUCGGGUGUAAAACCACAGAGUUUGGAGAAGGUGACCAUCCCAGAGGUGAAGGAUAUCAUCGAGUCGUGUAUUAGGCCGAAUAAAGCUGAUAGGCCACAAGUGAAAGAUCUCCUGAACCACGAGUUCUUCGGCGAAGACAUCGGCCUUCGGCUGGAGAUAGUCGGCAGGGACCUGGUCACCUCGUCUGACAUCACCAAGAUCAAGUUCAGACUCAAGAUCAUCGAUCCCAAAAAGAGGUCAUACACCCACAAGGAGAACGAAGCGAUCCAGUUCGAGUUCGACAUGGAGACUGACGACUGCGAGGAGGUGGCCAACGACAUGGCCAAGGUUGGCCUCAUCAUGGAGGAGGACGCCAGGAUCGUCACCAAGCUGCUCAAGUCCCAGCUCAUCAGUCUCAACCGGGAGCGGAGUGAGAAGAAGACGCAGAUGCUGUUCAAUCAAGAGUUGAUCAACGAGCAGAACAUCCAGAAGCAGUUGCUGCUUGAACAACAGCUGAGACAGGUGAAAAUGAUCCAGAACCAACAGCAAGCUGGACCGGUGGACCAAGUGAAGGCUGGUCUGCUGAACGGUGUCGGUGCUCAACCAGCUCUCGGCACCGUGCAGUUAGAGCAGCAGAGCCAGCUGCUGCAAGCCCAGCAGCAACUGCUGCAGCAGCAGAUCCAGCUGAACAGCGAGGAGUGCGCCAUGACUCUGAUGAACAAGCUCAUGCAGGCGCGCAUAUCUCCUGCCGACCAACUGCUCACCAGACAGGUGAUGAUGGAACAGAAUCUCCUGAACCAGCAAAUGCUGGAGCAAACAGUCCAAGGACAGCUCAUCGAGCAGCAGGCCCAACAGACCCUCCUCGAAGCCAACCCCUCGCAAACACAACUCCAACCGUCCCUCCUACAACAACAACAGCUCUCCGCCGAACUCAGCAACCAAAACCAAGUGUUACAACAACAAAUAAUACAGCAACAGCAAAACAUAAUAGCCCAACAAGCAGCAGCGAUACAACAGAAGCAAUUCGAAGAACAACUAACGCAAGACAAUAUUAUUAAUGCUCCCCAGAAUCUCGCAGUCGCCACGGGACAGAUGUUGGACCCCUCGUUACAGAAUCUACAAAACAUUUUAGCACAGAUAAUCCAAAGACCAGACACGCUACAGUCGAGAAAAGAAUCUGAAUCGGAAACCCAGCCGCAGCAACAACAAAAUCAACAGCAAAUGAUGCAACAAACGGAGAUGGAACAACAACAAAUACAACAAGAACAGGAUAUACAACAAAUGCAGAAUCUAAUUGGUGCUCAAAUCCAACAGCAGAACAUGAAUUAUCAACAGAAUCAACAGUACAUGCAGCCGAUGUUAACUGAUCCGAUGUUGGCGGCGCAACAUCAACAAGUCGCCCAAGCGCAACAACAGUUGUCGCAAGCGCAACAACAACUAAACAUGCAAAAGCAAAUACUAGCGCAACACCAAAUAGCGUUACAGCAGCAAUUGUUAACACAACAACAACUCCACAUGCCCGGGCAAACUCUGUCGCCACAGCAUUUGAGGAAUUUGCAACAACAACAGUAUUUGGCUCAGCAAGAGUUGCAUUUACAACAACAACAGAAUUUUAUUGAAAGACAGAACUUGGCGUUGUUGACACAGAAACAGCAAUUGAUGGGGCAGCAGCAGUGGGAAGUUGAGGAGAUAUUGCGCGCACAAAGGCCGAUGUAUACGAGACAGGGGUCAGAACAGAGUCAGAUAAGUUCGGCUGAUGUGCACGAUCAACAGCAAACUUUAGUUCCCGAUCAGUUUCAGAAACCUCCGUUGCAGCCUCAAAUGUCAAUAGAUCAGAUGCAAUUCCAAAAUCAGUAUGCAGAACUGCAGAAUCAAAUGCAGAAACAGUCGGAGGAUUUGAGUUUCCAACGCAUGCACCACAUACAGGGGCAGUCGUUGCCCCACAACAUGUUGGCUCAAAACUUCAAUGUGGUACAGAAGGAGAUGCAGAUAUCUAGUCAUGAAGGCACGCCAGUGCAAAAUUACGCUGCAAACCCCCUCCAGAUGUACCAACAAGCGCAAAGUCAGCCGAUGCAAGCUAUGAUGCAAAAUAUGCAGUCUAUGCAGUCUUCAGUUCCUCAAAAUAUACCUCAUAGUAUACAAGAGUCAGUUCAAUUAAGUACGGCGCAAACGCUACCGAAUAACUUGACGUCUGUGCCACAAACUAUAUCAGUGCCACAGCCCGUUCAGUCUGUUCCACAGCCGGUUCAGUCUGCCCCGCAGCCGGUUCAGUCAGUCCCACAGCCGGUCCAGUCAGUCCCACAACCGGUUCAGUCAGUGCCACAGCCGGCUCAAUCAAUACCACAGCCGAUCCAAUCAGUCCCUCAACCGGUUCAGUCAGUUCCACAACCGAUUCAAUCUCUCCCACAAACAGUCCAAUCAGUCCCACAGACUAUUCCUCAGUCGACUAUAUCACAAUCGAUGCCGCAAGCGAUGCCGACCGUUCCGCAGACGUUAUCUUCUGUCCCACAACCGAUACAAUCCGUGCCGCAGCCCAUUCAAUCUGUCCCUCAGCAAAUUCAGUCUGUCCUACAAGUUACGCAACCCACGACGAACAUGAUACCGCAAUCAGUUCCUAUACCGCCGCCGGUGCAGUCAGUCCCACAGCCGAGCCAAACUGUCCCACAUCCCGUGUCCACUGUCACACAGUAUGUUCCUCAGGAGUCCGUGCCGCAGCAGUUGAAUUUGUCAGCUGAAACUCAUGACAACGGGUACUCAAACAACAACGGGCAGAAAGAGCAAUUUUUGACGCCGAUGAGUGAAUUCCCGUCCGGGGCGACCCAUCCUGAGGCGAUACGACAGCCUGAGCUCAGCUCUGUCGAGGAGAAGCAGGGGGAGGAAGUGGGCACCGCCAUUCCAUCACCAAUAACAAGUGAAAAGAAAUCUCGGGGCUCGAAGAAACGGUCGCGCGAGAAAGAUAAACUUCCGAAGCUGACUGUACUGGAGGUGAACGACCCCGCGGUGGAGUGCCAGCUGGAGUCCAAGUCCAAGACCGUCACGUUCAAGUUCGACAUCCGGGACGUGAACCCGGAUGAGAUAGCUAGUAAUCUGGUGUCCAACAACCUGCUGCCAGAAUGGCAAAGCGCGACCUUCACGGAACUAAUCAGGGACAUAGUGUCCCAACUCGUUGCCAACCCCGGCGUGCCUCCCGUACUCAACCCCCACCACCAUUCUCUGCGGCUGAACAUUGAUAAGACUGAUUACGAUUCGGAAACGACCGAGCGCGAGGAGAACCUGACAGACUCGAACCAGGACAACUCCGAGUGCACCACGCCGACCGCCAGCCACGACAACAUAGCGUGCGACCUGGCGCUGGAGCCCGAGCCCGAGGCGCCCGAGCGGAGCACCCGCGACACUCAGACCAGGAAGAUCAGCACUGCGUCCUCCUGUGGCUCAGCGCAGUCGGACGCGUCGUCGAUGCCGGGCGAGCGCUCGGGCAGCACGGACUCCACAAACGGCGAGCACAGGAAGCCCCACAAGCCCACUCGGAAGAUCUCCCGUUUUCUAGUCAGCCCCGUCGUCGAUCGCGGAGAGGAGGUCCCUGAAGAAAGACCACACGAAAUAAACGGUCUCCCCGAGAAGCAAGAGACUGUGGUACCCCCGCAACAGUUAUCUGAGCUAAUAAAAGAGGAGCCAGCGAUACCCGCCGCUAUUCCCACCAGCGUACAGUCCAUAAUGCCGCAGCAGCCGCCGAACGUGAACGCGAACGUGUUGCAGCCUAGUCUGACCACUCCGCUGCAGAUAGCCACUGAUACUCCCAUUUUAGGUUUAAGUCAAGUAGGAACACCAAUGGGCGCGGGCGCAGAUCUAGGUCUCAACAUAGGUCUGAGUCAGCCGCCGCUGGACCUCGCCCCGCGGCUGUCCACGCAGCCCACGUCCACGGCUGGGGAGGGGUUGCCCAACGCUGAGAACAUACAGAGGAUGCUGCUCAAACAGAAUAUUAUGAACCAGCAGCAGAGCCUGGCCGGCCCGAAUCUGCUGGGCCUGCUCAACCAGCCGCAGUUCCAGCACGCCGCCAUCAUCAACAAUGCCCAGCCCGCGGCGGUGCUGGGUCGGCUGCCGGCGCAGUACCAGCAGAUGAAGUACUACCCGCCCAUGAGGUCCACAGACUUCAUAGUUCAACAACAAGGGCUGCCGACGUCGGUGAGCCAGUUCGCGUCACAGCCGCUGGGCCAGCCGUUCGGCCUGGGCCUGGGCCUGGCCGGGGGCCUGCAGGCGGGGCUGCCCCCGCUCUCUCUGCAGCAGAACAUGAUGGGCCAGAACCUGGGGCUAAAUCAGAAUCUUAUGCAGCAGGGACUGUCGCAGAAUUUAGGUCUAGCGGGCCAGAAUCUAGGAUUAGGGAGUCAGAAUCUCAUAUCGGGGCAGAACCUGUCGCUGAGCGGGCAGAAGCUGGGCCUCGUGGGCCAGAACCUGGGCCAGCUGGUGGCCCACCGCGCCGUCACGCAUGCGCUGGCGAGGCGGGCACAGGACAUGGAGAUCCAGGCAGGCAUGUCGAGCGUGAACUCGACGGGGUCGUCGCAGCCGAGCACGCCCAACAAGCCGCAGAGCUAUAACGACUACAUGCUCUCGUUGCAGCACAAGCUGCACAGCAUCUCCAACAGCGGCCCGGUGUCCCCGGCGUCCCCGCUGGAGUACAGUCCCGCGCUGUCCCCCACUCACCGACCAAUCAACCAGGCGGAGAGUCUGUCGGGCGGGCUGGAGCUGGAGGCGGGCGCGGGGGGGGCGGGCAACGCGGCCGCGCGGCACGCGGCGCAGCUCGCGGACCUCGACCACGAGCUCAGCAAGAUCAGUCUGCACUACAAGCAUCCGCCCAAGGACGUGUUCAUAGAGCACGGACAAGAGGAGCAUGAAAUGUUGGCGGUCAACGUCGAGGACGGCGUCUCCAACUCUUACGACGGCGUGGGCCGGUGGUCGUGGCGCGGGGCCCAGUGCCGCGUGUGCCGCGCGCGCCCCUGCCGCCCCUACCAGCUGUGUCUGCUGGACACAGGUAAAGACAAGUUAGACACGUCGGCACUGGGCACCCUGGACUCGAACUCCCUGGACAAGCACUCGGAGUGGUCGGAGAGCGGCGCGGACGAGGUCGCGGACACGUUCGUGAUCACCGACACCCGCGCGCACGAGUACACUGUCUGCGACGUGCUGCACAACCGCCGGCACACCAUCAUAGAGCCCGCUACACAGAGUCCCCCCGGCGGCCCUUGCCCCUCCUCCUCCUCCUCCCCCUCCCCCUCGUCGCCGUCCCCCCGCAGCUACCUGGUGGUGGAGGCGGGCGGCGCGCGCACCAGCGCCGUGCUGGCCAGCGACCUGCCGCUGCACCACGACCCGGACUUCACCACCUUCACACCGCCCGCCGCCGCCGACACGCAGCCGGAGGGUACGGAGCGGGUGCCGGCGUCCGCGGAGUUAGCGCGCUGGCAGCGGCUGGCUAACGACCUGCCGCCAGAUGGCGGCCGUCGGCAGCUAGCGGACCAGACGCUGCUGGCGGCUGUGCUCAGCCAGGACACGCUCACUGACAGAGCGAUGUUCCGGCAGGUGGUGCUGCUGUCGGUGAGCACGCAGUUAUGACAGGUGUAGCGAUUCACUACGUACCUUAUAUUUAUUGUACCAUGUAACAUAUACCUAUAUCAUUACGAGUAAAUAAAAUAUUCAUAUGUGAUAUCUAGAA